AUGAUCUUAUCUCUUUUUAGUUACAACUACGUGUUUUACCCCUCCUCUGCUUUGGCAGAAUCUAGCUGGCGUCCUUUGGGUCUUUUCCCAAAAAGAAAGUUGUUUUCCGUUUCUUCGUGUUCUUCGGAAGAAGAAAAGAACACGAAACGAAGAAGAAUUGGUUUCUGUCGCGUUUCCUUUCCUCGCCCUUCGUGGGUCGUACGCCGGGGUCGUUGGCGAGCUGCUCGGCGCCCAAUCUGGGGUGGCCUUUGCCGACCUUCGCCCCGGGUGCUUUUUUUACCUGCCCGCCCUGCCCCUGUCAGGAUUGUUUCUUCGCCUUCUUGGCAACUCUCUGCUUGUCCUCGCCGCUCGCGGCAAUUGGCCGAAAAAAGAAGAUGGCCUUCUGUGCUCCUCUGUCGUUCCGAGGAGGAACACAUUAAGAAGAAGAGAAGAAUUUGA